AUACAGCUUUCUCUUUAAAGACAUCUGCAUUGUCUGCGUUCUCUGGUGGUGUUCCUGCUCAAGUGAAUGCCAUGUGUUUGAGGAAUUCUUACACGAUGAAUCGUUCGCUAAAGUCCAGGCUUCUGAUCCUGCAAACGUCCUGGAGUCCUGAUUAACCGAGAAAGUUGUGAAACAAAGCUCCAGUUAAAGGGUGACUUUAGGAACAAAAUUUAACAACGUAAAAACUUCAACACAUGUAUAUUUUGUUCAUUUUUCUUUCUAUUACAAAUAACCUAUAAAGUAUUUAGAACAUGAUAAAUAAAUAAUAGUUUAAUCCACGGCCUCAGUUUAAGUAUAUUAUAGCCUGGAAUGCUUCUUUGUGUUUACAUGGGACUCCUGUCAGUCUUUUUUUGUAGACACGCCCCCAGUGCUCCUUUUCUCCGCCCCCAUCUCAGCCUACUCUACAUGAACUAAACCGAGAGCCGCCAUUUUGGACAAUCGGACUCACUACUAAGAAUACACAAUACUAAGAAAAUACAAAUCCUCUCAAAUAUUUUGGUAAUGCUACAGUACGGUAAUGAAGUUUUACUAAAGUUUCGCUUUCCACCUCUGACCUCGGGCCACGCAUCCUGUGUUCCACUAAAUCUAGUCCCCUUGAUGACUCUCUUACUUUGGUUCCGGGCUGUGCUUCAGUUUGGUGUUUCACUCUGAAGGGAACUAGAUGUUGAUUUGAGACACACCCCAAUCCUCACACGCUGCAACUUUACUGCAAGUGUGUGUGUGUGUGUGUGUGUGUAUAUGAACGUUGUUUACCCUGCAUACACACACACGCUAUAUUUUGACGCUGUUUGUAAUUUGAACGCGGGCGACAUUUUGUGGAACUGAAACGAACCUGGAGGAUUAAAAUCCUGCAACUCGGGGUCAUGGCCUUCUUGGGGAGCGCGGUGCGGAGGGCGGUGGCGUACCGCCGACCGUUAGGGUCGCUUUACUGUCCUGCCGCUCGCCGCUACAGCGUCCAGAGUGAACACACCACAGAGAAAAGCGUCCCCUACACCAAGACCCUCAAAGAAGAGAGCGGAUUGAGCGGACCCACCAAACCUCUGCCCCGAUCCGCGGACGCCGUGGUGAUCGGAGGCGGCAGUCUGGGAUGUCAGACGCUCUAUCACCUGUGUAAGAUGGGCAUGACCAAUGUAGUGCUCCUGGAGAGGGACAGACUGACGGCGGGGACGACGUGGCACACUGCAGGUUUGUUGUGGCAGUUGAGGCCGAGCGAUACGGAGGUGGAACUUUUGGCCCACACGAGGAACGUGGUCAGCUCGGAGCUGGAGGAGGAGACGGGCCUGGAGACGGGCUGGAUCCAGAACGGAGGCCUGUUUAUCGCCUCCAACAAGCAGAGACUGGACGAGUACAAACGCCUCAUGUCGCUGGGGAAGGUGUACGGUAUCGAGUCGUAUGUGCUCUCACCUGCAGAAACCAAAGAGCUUUACCCCCUGAUGAACGUGAAGGAUCUGUACGGGACUCUGUACGUCCCCAAAGACGGCACUAUGGACCCUGCUGGUACCUGUACCACCCUGUCCAGAGCAGCUUCUGCCCGUGGAGCCACGGUGAUCGAGAACUGCCCCGUGACGGGCAUCCAGGUGAAGACGGACCACGUGGGUGUGAGGAGGGUGAAAGCAGUGGAAACGGAAUUUGGGACCAUUGAUACCCCGUGUGUGGUGAACUGCGCAGGUGUGUGGGCCACUAACCUGGGGAAGAUGGCCGGCGUGAAUGUUCCUCUCAUUGCCAUGCAUCAUGCCUAUGUGGUGACGGAGAGGAUCGAGGGGAUUCAGAACAUGCCCAACGUGCGGGACCACGACGCCUCGGUCUACCUUCGUCUGCAGGGCGACGCCCUGUCUGUGGGAGGCUACGAGCAGAACCCCAUCUUCUGGGACGAGGUGUCGGAUAAAUUUGCCUUCAGCCUGUUUGACCUGGACUGGGACGUCUUCAUGCAGCACAUCGAGGGAGCAGUUAACCGGGUUCCUGCUCUGGAGCGGACUGGGAUCAAAUCCACCGUCUGUGGACCAGAAUCAUUCACUGCAGAUCACAAGCCGCUGAUGGGCGAGGCUCCUGAAGUCCGGGGAUUUUUCCUGGGAUGUGGCUUCAAUAGUGCAGGUAUGAUGUUGGGAGGAGGCUGCGGGAAGGAACUGGCUCACUGGAUCAUUCACGGGCGGCCUGAGAAGGACAUGUACGGUUACGACAUCAGGAGAUUCCAUCAUUCUUUAACCAACAACAACCGCUGGAUCCGAGAGCGCAGUCACGAGUCCUACGCUAAGAACUACUCGGUGGUGUUUCCGUUUGAUGAGCCUCUGGCCAGCCGCAACAUGAGGAAGGACCCCUUUCAUCAGGUGCUGUUGGAACAGGGCUGUGUGUACCAGGAGAGACACGGCUGGGAGAGACCAGGGUGGUUCAAUAAAGACGGACCUGCACCGGUUCUGGAUUAUGAUUAUUAUGGUGCUUAUGACGUUCCGAACAACAGUGACUACAAAUACAACGAGCUUCUGGGCAAAGAGUACACCUUCGACUUUCCUCCACAUCACGACACGAUCAGAGAUGAGUGUUUAGCCUGUAGAAACGCUGUAGCUGUGUUUAACAUGUCCUACUUCGGGAAGUUUUACCUCACCGGCCCCGACGCCAAGAAAGCAGCUGAUUGGCUGUUCACUGCUGAUGUCAACAAAGCACCAGGCUCCACUGUGUACACCUGCAUGUUGAAUAAGAAGGGCGGGACUGAAGCAGAUCUCACUGUCAGUCGCCUUGUGCCUGGCCCCGCCCACCUCCCACUGGCUCCUGAAUUUAAUGAUGAGGCGUAUUACUUGGCUAUUGGAGGUGGUGUAGCUCAGCAUAACUGGAGUCACAUUGUGACGGUUUUGCAGGAUCGCGGCUUUAACUGCACACUGACUGAUCACUCUGAGGACAUGGGCAUGAUCAGCAUCCAGGGACCCAAGAGUCGUGAUUUGCUGCAGGAGGUUGUAGAUGCGGAUCUGAGUAACGAAGCCUUUCCUUUCUCCACACACAAAAUAGUGACAGCUGCUGGACACCAGGUACGAGCCAUGCGUCUGUCCUUCGUCGGAGAGCUGGGCUGGGAGCUGCACAUCCCUAAAGACUCCUGCCUGCCGGUUUAUCGGGCCGUCAUGUCCGCCGGCGCCAAAUACGGCGCCCAGAACGCAGCCUACAGAGCCAUCGACUCGCUCAGCAUCGAGAAAGGUUACAGACAUUGGCACGCUGACCUGCGUCCCGAUGACACGCCCCUAGAGGCGGGGCUUGCAUUCACCUGUAAAAUGAAGUCGUCUAUCCCCUUCCUGGGACGUCAAGCUCUGGAGAAGCAGAAGGCUGAAGGCCUGCGCAGGAGAAUCGUCUGCUUCACCGUUGACGAGAAAGUUCCCAUGUUCGGAUUGGAGGCCGUUUUCCGUAACGGCGUUCCGGUUGGACACUUGCGGCGCGCUGAGUUCGGAUACGCCAUCAACAAAACCAUCGGCUACGGAUACGUCCGCAAUCCAGACGGAGGGGUGGUGAGCCCAGAUUUCAUCCGCAGCGGCGAGUUCACUCUGGAGAGAAUGGGCGUGGUCUACAAGGCCAAAGCCCACCUGAAGUCCCCGUUUGACCCGGACAACAAGAGAGUGAAGGGGAUCUACGGUUCAGACUGAACGUCCUGAUGCGGUCCCGUUCUCGUCCUCGCCGCAGACCUGAAGAUCAACCGGAGGUUCCGGGACGACGAGAACGCUCCCGUUGCUGUUACACACACACUCGAGACUUUUCCAGCAGAACUAAACACACGCUCGGGUCUGCGUUCACGGCGAGUCUGAGCCGGCCACGUCCGAUACGGAAAUCCUUUCGCCCCGUCAGACUUUACGGGUCAUCUUAUUAGUCUUAAAAUGUCCACAAGAAAGCAAACGUAUUAACUAGUAAUAGAACUGUCUAUAAAAUUCCAUCGAAAACUUAAACGUGUCUUAGUAAAAAAUAUUUAAAAGCCAAAAAAAACCACGAAUCUGUCGCACACUGAAGGGUUCGUUAUUGAUUUGUCCCUCUGGAGGAACCCGUAAAGUGUGUACCGUCCAACAGUGUUGUUAGCAACAUUAGCUUUGUAGCUCCAGCGCAAAAAUUGUGUCCACAUUAUUUUAUAUAUAAGUGAGUGUGUGUGUGUGUGUGUGUGUGUGAGAAAAGAAAAAAAAAUGGAGACCAUGUGACGGUUUACAUCCUGUGUAUUUGGAAUUUAAGCACAUUCGACAGCACCAAAGUCGUCUUAUAAAGUUGUUCCAAUCUGACGAAUAAACCUUUGAGUUUAUGAGCAAUAAAAUGAAAAGGUCAUGUACUGAAA